UUGCCUUUCGGCAUCCUACUCUUGUGAUAGAAAAUCCGCGACACCAUGCUGAAUCGAAAAUGUCACCAGCAAGCAGGGGCGGUCGAAGGCGAUCGAGAAUACAAUCGAUGUCUGUGAAAUCGUCCAUUGAUCCUAUGCGCAGAGAUGAGGUUCCUUGUUUCGACUCUGGCUAUAAAACAUCAUCAACAAAAACCAGUUUAUACAGCUAUCAGGCAAAACAGCCGAUGGAUAUGUCUUGGGGCCUGAGAGGUGAUAUUCCGUGUUCAAUACUAAAAUCGAUAACAAUUAAGAGCCCAUAUUUAGUAAAGGAUGAUAACGGCAUAGAAGUCGUAAGCCAGAUUGGACCCGAAAAUAGCGGAUGUUUUUUGGACGAUGAUUCCCCAACGAAAAGAGCGACCUCGCAGCGAUAUCAGCUUCUACACGCGAUAGAUCUUGAAGCUUUGCCAGACUUUGAAACAAAUGAUUUUGAAAGUUACAAUAGAGAUUCCGACCAACCCGGCGUCAAUGAUAUAUUGUACUAUAAUGACUUGAUGGAAGACACAGUUGCUCCCCAUGGCUGUCGUAUGGAUGAUCAAAGAUGUAUUGUCAAAGAUAUCACGCUGGAGAAAAAAAACAAGAAGGACGAAUACGGCAUUGGACUGGGGACUGCUCAAUAUGGACGUCUAUUUGUAAAUUGUAUUCGGCCGGGUUCACUCGCAGAUAGAAAUGGGAUAAUCUUUGGUGAUGAAAUUACUAUGAUCAAUGAAUCUGAAACCUUGUACUGUAGUGCACCUCAAGCAGCCAGGUGA